AUGAAUCGAUCUAAUGUUUAUCUACUUGAUUUACCAAAUGAAAUAUUAUUUAAUAUUUUAAAAAAGCUUCAAAAUGCCGAUGUUCUUUAUUCAUUACUUGGUAUUAAUAAUAAUCGACUUGAUAAUAUCGCACGAAACGCAAUGUUUUCCAAUAUUCUUAAUUUCAUAUCAAAUGUUCAAAAUACAAUAAUAAAUGAUUUUCAACUUAAUCGAUUUUGUGAUUAUAUCUUACCUGAAAUUUCUCACAAUGUCAAAUAUCUUAUUGUUGAAUCAAUGUCUAUAGAACGUAUUCUUCUCGCUACUCAUUAUCCAAAUUUAAUUCAUUUGAAAAUUUUUAAUUUUCAAUGCGACUAUUCAUUACAAUAUUUUACAGAUGAUUCAUCGCUUCGUCAAAUUUUCAAACAACAGAUUAAAAAACUUGAUCUUGUGAAUAAAGAUAGCGAAGUUGGACUACGAUUAUCAAGUGAUUACACAAAAAAAGUAUACGCACAUAUAUUGACUUACUUCGAAAAUCUUGAGCAUUUAAACAUUAUUCAAACAUCCAGUUUCGGAUAUCCAUCGUUAAGACUUUCCAGAUUACCAUCAAAUACUUUUUCUUCUAUAUUUCUUACUUAUUUAUCUAUUCGUGUGACAGAUUAUACUGAUUGUCUUUAUUUACUUGAUGGUCGUCUCAAACAAUUAAAUACAUUCAUUGUUCAAAUUUGUUGCAUGAAUAUGGACUCUUCAAUUGUAUAUAAUAGGGAUGAUCUACCUAAUCUUACAUGUUUUUCAUUAAUUUCCUACACUUUGAUUGAAGAAAAUGAAAAUAGAAUUGUAUCUCUUCUUCAUCGUAUGUCGAAUCUGGAAAAACUAACUUUAUAUUUACGCUUUGUUUCUCAGAACAAAUUCAUUGAUCCAAAAUCUUUUAUGAACAACUUAUCAACAUAUAUGACACGAGUUUAUUCACUGAAAUUUUAUUUUAGUAUCGAAAAUAAUAGAAAUGAUACUCUUGAUUAUUCGUUCAAUAUUAAUAUACAAUCUCAAGAAACAUCAAAUAUUGUUUGUUAUAGUGUCAACACAGUUACGUAUCAUGUCUUUACGCUUCCUUUCGAGUUCAUCAAGCUCGUAUCUAUUGGUAAUAUAUUUCCAAAUAUUGUAUUCAAUAAUGUUAUCGAAUUAUGGAUACACGAUAUUAUUCCAUUUCAACAUGAAUUCUUCCUACGAAUUACUCAAUCUUUUCCAUUACUCCAACGUCUAUUUGUUACUGAUUUAACAUCAUUAUCAUAUAAGAGAAAGAAAUCACCUAAUAAUAUUCAAGCAGAUCAAAUCGUUAAAUAUCCUCAUCUCAUUUUACUUGAUAUUAAGGGACUAAAUAAUGAUUGUAUUGAGCAAUUUCUCAAUGAAACCAAAACAUAUUUACCAUGUUUAACUAUAUUACGUGUCUCCUAUGAACAGUUACAAAUAACUACAGAAGAUUUUACACGAGAAGUAACACGAAAGAAUUGUGCCAAUGUGAGAAGAUUAAUCACAGGAAGGGAAAUUGUUGGUUCAAAAGAUUAUCAUUACUAUUUUCCUUUGUUGUAA